AUGGGGCCGUGAGGAUGGACAAGAGGGUAUGUGUGAUCCAAACCAACUUUCACCAGUACAGAGGGAGGCUGCGCACUUCAGCACACUUGACGAACGAGAGUGAGGUGCGGCAGCUGUUGCAGACAUUGGAUUACAGAGAAGAGGAACUGAGGAAGCUUCAAGAGGAGCGAGAACAUCUGCUAGAACUCAGCCAGCAGGCCAUUGAGGACCUCCAGAGUGAGGAGGAGAAGGUAGAGACUCUCACCAAACAAAGGAGCCAGCUGCAGAUGCACGCUCAAGACUUGGAGUACCAGUUGGAUGAAGAGCGUCAGCUGCGUUUGGAGCUGGAGAAGAACUAUAGACCUCAGACUAAGAACGGACCAGGAACCAUGGAGCAGAGGAACGGGCUGGAGGAGCACUUCAAAUGGAGGGAACAGGAGAUCAACAGCACCAGCUCUAGACUGCAGGCUGAGGAGGCCUUGAACCACGACCUGCAGAGGAAGAGCCAGGAACAGCAGGCACGGAUCGAGGAGCUGGAGGAGGAGCUGGAGGCCGAACGCUCCAUGAGAGCAAAAGUGGAGAAGCAAAGGGCUGAGCUGAGCAGAGAGCUGGAGGAGCUGACUGACAGAUUGGAGGAGGCUGGAGGAGUCACUGUCUCACAAAUGGAGGUGAACAAGAAGUGGGAGGCGGAGCUAGUGCGUGCGAGGCGGGACUUGGAAGAGUGCACGGUCCAGUCGGAGGCGAUGCUGGUGGCGGUGAGAAAGCGCCACAGUGAGACGCUGUCUGAACUAACCGAGCAGUGUGCGGCCCUCCAGAGGACCAGGGCCCGGCUGGAAAAGGACAAGCUGAGCCUGAGGGAUGAGCUAGAGGAGCUGGGAGUGUCUCUGGACACGUUGCACAAGGCCAAGAUGUUGUCGGACUCUCAGCUGAAGAAGAUGGAGGAGCAGCUAGCGGAGGCCAACAGAAGAGGAGAGGACCUGCAGAGGGCGCUGUCCGAGCUCACCUCAGCCAAGAACAGGCUCACAGCUGAUAAUGCAGACAUGAGCCGGAGGAUGGAGGAGGCGAAGGGUCAAACCAAUCAGAUGAGCCGAAACAAAGGUUUGCUCCAAUCACAGCUGGAGGAGCUCAAGAAGCAGCUGGACGAGGAAGUGAAGAACAAGGGUGUGCUGAGCAGUGCUCUGGCCCAGGCUCGGCAGCAGAGCGUGGGGCUGAGGGAGCAGCUGGAGGAGGAGCAGGAGAGCAGACAGGAGCUACAGAGGCUGGUGUCCAAACUCAACACAGAGGUCACACUGUGGAGGAGCAGGCAAGAGUCAGAUGCCCUACAGCAUGCUGACGAAAUACAGGAGACCAGGAAGAAGCUGGCAUUGCGUCUUCAGGAGGCAGAGGAGGCGGUGGAGGCGACCCAGGCCAAAUGCUCCUCUCUGGAGAAGACCAAGCAGAGACUGCAGGGGGAGCUGGAGGAUCUGUGUGAGGAGCUUGACAAGGCAAAUGGCUGUGGUCAGGCUCUGGACAAGAAACAGCGCCUCCUGGAGAAGCAGCUGGGCGACUACAGGCACAAGUGCGAGGAGCUGCUGUGUGAGGUUGAGAGCUGUCAGAAGGAGAACCGCCAACAUGCCACCGAGCUGUUCAAACUUAAGAGCAUCUACGAGGAGAGCCUGGAACAGAUGGAGGUGCUCAGGAAGGAGAACAAGGCCUAUCAGGAGGAAGUAGCUGAGCUGUCGGACCAGCUCUCAGAUGGAGGGAGGAGCGUCCAUGAGUUGCAGAAGGCCAAGAAGAAGAUGGAGAUGGAGAAGGAGGAGCUGCAGGCAUCUCUGGAGGAGUCUGAGGCUGCUCUCGAGGUAGAGGAGAGCAAAGUACUGCGUCUGCAGAUGGAGCUGUCUCAGAUCAAAGCUGAUCUGGAGAGGAGACUGAAGGAGAAGGAUGAGGAGAUGGAGGUGGCCAGAAAGAGCCAGCAGAGGGCGUUGGAGUCCCUACAGGCCAGUCUGGAUGCUGAGGUGAAAGGUCGUGUGGAGGGGCAGAGGCUGAAAAAGAAGCUGGACUCUGAGCUGUCCGAGCUGGAGCUACAGAACCAACUCCUCACCACAACCAACGCAGAGCUCAGCAAGAGCAGCAAGAAAGGCCAGCAGCAGAUCAAGGACCUACAGGCCCAGCUGGAGGAGGAGGUGCGGGCUCACGAGCAGCAGCAGGAGGAGCAGGCAGCGCAAGAGAGACGGGUCACAGUGCUGCUGGGUGAGGCAGAGGAGGUGCGCACAGCCUUGGACAGUUCGGAGAGAGCCCGCAAAACUCUGGAGAACCAAGUCCAAGAGGCCAACGACAAGUGCAGCCACCUCAGCACCCAGCUCCAGAGUGCCUUGAGUGGGCGGAGGAAAGCGGAGGUGGAUGUGCAGACUCUGCAGCAGGAGCAUGAGGAGAUCCAGGCUGAGCUCCGGGGGUCAGCGGAGAAGGCCAAGAAGGCGCACGCCGAGCUGUCCAGAGUGAGUGAGGAGCUGCGCGUGGAGCAGGAGCACUCUCUACAUCAGGAGAGGGUGAAGAAGAGUUUGGAGGUUCAGCUCAAAGACCUGAGCAUGCGGCUGGAUGAGGCUGAGCAGAGCGCUAUCAAAGGGGGCAAGAAGCUCACCCACAAACUGGAGGCCAAGAUAAAGGAGCUAGAGGCAGAACUGGAGGCAGAGCAGGCACGGCACUCGGACACGGUGAAGAGCCUGAGGAAGAACGAAAGACGCCUCAAAGAGCUGCUGUUCCAAAGCGAAGAGGACCACAAGAACCAGGCUCGGCUCCAGGAACUGGUGGAGAGGCUGCAGAGCAAGAUGAAAGCCUACAAGAGACAAGUGGAGGAGGCCGAGGAACAGGCCAACAUGAACUUGACUAAGUAUCGGAAGAUGGUGCACGAGCUGGACAAUGCAGAGGAGCGAGCCGACAUCGCAGAGUCCACUCUCACCAAGAUCAGGACCAAGCGCCGAGGCAGCUUCAGCAAAGGAUACUCAUCUGGCUACAGCACGCCUUACCCCGGCCUGGUCCACUCCAACAGCUCCGUGUGCUCAGAGGGACAUGAAGACAAGAUUCUGAACGAUGACAACGAAUCUGUCAGCUCUCUCAUCCCUGCCUAUCUCAACUCUCUGCAGAAACUCAUGAUCGACUAAAGACACCUGGCCUAUCUCCACUCUCUGUAAAGCACAAAAUGUCUUACCCCAGGACAGAUAUAUUGUAUAAACAUCUCUUGAGGUCAAAAAAUGUCCAUUGUGUACUAUCUGCAUCUAAUUGUGAAGCGUUUUAUUGUCUGAGAAUGAGGAAGUGCCUGUUAUUACCAACAAUUGCAGCAUUACUGUGGCAGUUGAGAAAAGCGUCUAUACACUCAUCACAGUGAAAAAUGUGCAUGCUCAUAAUGUUGAACUGAUAUUGAUAUAUCCCCCAUUCCUAUUCUAUCGGCCCACAUUGAUAUUUGAUGGCGAUAUUCAGUACCAAUAAUUUUUCCGCUGCCCAAUUCUCUGUGCACCCUUUUUGACUAGACUAAUGAAUCAAAACAGAAGUGGAAGAGCGUUAUAUGACAAUAUGUUACACAAACAUAACAAAUAAUUUUAUAUCCCAAACAAACACAUUUGAUUAUUUUUUUUACAAAAGUAAAAGUUAAUUUGUGGGCCUUGAUAAUGAUUUUAAAAGCUAAAUAUGUGUACUGGCAAAUAUCAGUUAUUGGCCACAGCAGCAAGACAAAAUAUUGGUCCAUCCCGAGCUCAGAAUGCAUAAGGGAAGUGAAGGAUAACAUUGGACCACUGCAAACUGUUUAAAAUGAAGUAGUUUUUCACUUUUUUAAGACAGUAAAAUCACGUACAGCAACAACUCACUGACAAACCCCGCCUAUCUCUACUCACUGUAAUUUCUAUUAAAUAUUCUUUUUAGAC